UUGCAAUCAAAAUAGACGAAAAUCCUUAUUUACGAGACUUGUUCCUUUAGCGGAAAAUAUAUCUGUGUUGACGGGCAAAGUGUGGGAAGGGGUGGAAUGGGGAAGAAAGAAACCACAUUGUUUGUGGGGUCAGUGGGUAUCCUACACACACCUUGCUUAACAAGCCAUUUUCAAUAAUAACUCGCAGUGGAAUUUUUGGGGAACUGUACCUGCUUCUGCAAGGGUUGUACGUAAAUUCCCACAGAGGUACAAAUUAAACUAACAGCAACUCACAUGGUUUGUUUUUUUCCAGAAAUGAUGGGAAAAUGUAAUGAAAACAAGCAUUUAAAAGCAGCUGAUCACUUUGCUUCAUAAAUCACGGUUUUAUAUUGUAUUGUUGGUACGAUGUGUGCGCCUGUUACUUCUACAAACUUUAGCAAGAUGCAGACAGAGAUGUCAAAAGAAGUGGAGGAGUACUCUAUUGAUGACAAGCUUUCAGUAUUGGUAUCUUCUCCAUUCGUGUUGUGUGGAGCCCUGCAGAACUGGCCAGCCAGCAAAUGGACUUUGGCAUCUCUGGCAGAAAUCCUUGGGCACAAGCUAUUUCCGUGCCGGUUGAUGCCAAGAGAGCGAUGUGGAGCAGCAGGUCCAGCUUGGGAAUCAGAAGGUGUUUACAUCAACUGCAGCAUCAAGGAUUUCUUGAACUGGUGUGAAGGAGAUGCAAAGGAAAAUAACCCACUGUAUCCAUUCUCACCAUGGGAGUUUUCUGGUUAUAUAGACUACAAAUACAUGACAAGUGUGUUCGAGCAGUGUGAAUACAUGCUGGACGAAGUGUGUUGGUCAACUCUGGGAUUAUGUGGGCUUGACGGUCAUAACAGUACAAUGUGGAUUGGCAGCACUGAGGCCUCAACUCCAUGUCACUUUGACAGUUAUGGUUUCAAUCUGGUUGCUCAGAUCCAAGGCAGAAAGACCUGGGUAUUGUUUCCCCCACAAGAUACUCCAUGUCUUUACCCAACUCGGAUCCCUUAUGAGGAGUCAAGCAUCUUUAGCGAGGUGGAUGUUUCAAGACCCAACACAACAAACUUCCCAAGAUUCAAGGAUUGCAAGCCAUAUGUUGUGACUCUCGAGCCUGGACAGGUGUUGUAUGUGCCUCGCCAUUGGUGGCAUUUUGUUGUCUGUACUGAAAUGGCAUUGAGCAUCAACACCUGGUUGGAAAUGCCAGAGGACACAGAGAGCCGUAUCCAUGAGGCUGUGACACGUUGCCUUGCUUCUUGCUUAAUCCCAUACUGCAGCCAGACAGCCAGCAAGUCCAUCUUGGAUCAGUGGGUAAACCCAACAGAGGAUUUGGAGCCUGUCUCUACAAAUAUGGCAUAUCUACAAGCAGCACUAAAUCACUCUAAAGAUUCCUCUGAAGCAUCAAGAUGUAACAUGACUGGCUCACAUGAAUAUGGUGGCUCAGACAACCCUGAUGGUUGUCUUCAAGGUCUAUCAAAGUCUAUUGAAGAAAAUACGUCUGUCACCUUUUCUGUGUUUAGAGACAUGCCUGGAAAGCAGUCUUUGACAAGUGCUUGUGGCUGCAAAGCCAUAACCAAAGGCAGUUCAGACAUUACUGGGUCUUUUUCUAUUCGACUUCAGCAGCUGGCAAAAUACCUUAAAGACAGCACAUUCUCUUUUGUCAAAACCCCAUUUAUGUGGUCAAAGUUUAUCAGACAAGCAUCUUCAUUGGCCCCAUCACAAUUAAGCACUGAAGCUUUGCAGAGAACUGAGGAAAAUAUUUCUUUGAAUAAUACAACAGGUAAGCUAUAUGAAAUGGAUGAUAUUAAUAACAGUGAAAACUUUCAGCCUAGGAAAAAGUUAAAGAUUCAAGAAAUCAGCAGAUCUUCAGCUACAGGACUAUUGGAACAAAGGGAAGAACUUUACGAUGAAGAGAGAGAGAGUGCCCAAUGCCAUAUUCCUUCAGUGCAAGUAUUUGCCUUAGAGGCUUGCAGUUUUGAAGAAUACCUUGAUGCAGUUAACAAAGUGUGCCCUAGAUCUUCAAGUACAGUUGAGCAAACUAGAGCUUUGGAUGUCCCCAGCAGCAGGACUGGGAAAAGCAAUCUUGAAGAAAUUCUUCUAAAAAGUGUUCUUCACUCUGAUGUUGUGGAACUUAUUGUCAAAAAACUUAAAGAGAAUUCUUUAAGUUUUUGAGCUAUAAUGUUUUUCCUAAGAUGGUAAUUAGUUGUGAGAGCAAGGUCAUUUUAAUUUUCAAUACAAAGUUGAUGAUCUAAAAUAGUACUUUUAAUAAUGGUGUUGCAAAUAGUGAGCAUAUAAAGUGUAUGAUGCCCACUCAUGGAUUUUAGAGUUUGACAUCAUGCUUGAGUGGCUUGUCUUUAUUAUGUUAAAGAACCUUGUAUUUUCUUGAUGACAAUGGUUGUGUACAUGUGAAAAUGGGGGACAUCAAGCAUACCCCAAAGUUCAAGAAGUUCACACACAGAUGUGCAAAGGUUAUGCAGAAUAAAAGUAAUGCUUGAAGCAUUUUCUGUACAUCAUCAUAAUUAAUGUUAUAAAAGAAAAAUAAAGCACUGUUUUU